GUACAACUCCAAAUAGAGGACUACACUCGACGAAUCCGCGAAGAGGACAUUGGUUCGGCAAACAAGCCUUUUUCAGAGCGCAUCACAACUCGGUCCCCAUCCCCGGAGCCAAUUUACGAUAGUGACGGAAAGAGACUCAAUUCAAGACAAUAUCGAAUGAGAAGGAAAUUUGAAGAGAAAAGAUCUGAAUUGGUGGCUCAAAUGCUCAAAUUAAACCCCUCUUAUGUACCUCCGACCGAUUACAGGUUAUUUUUAUGUUUUAUUUCAAGGAUUUCUGCUGGUCGGAUCACGGAGAAGGUCAUGAUUCCGCAGGAUGACCACCCAGAGAUCAACUUUGUGGGAUUGUUGAUUGGUCCUCGAGGCAAUACACUCAAAUUAUUAGAACGAGAUGUUUGUAUUUAUAUUUAUUGUAGUCGGGCGAGGAUUAUUAUAAGAGGGAAGGGUUCUGUUAAGGAAGGAAAGAAUCCCGGAGGAUAUAUGUUGCCGGGAGAAGACGAGCCUCUCCAUGCUUAUAUCACAGGCUGUACGGAAGAACAAGUCAAACGAGCGCAGAAUCAGGUUGUUUGGAGUAAUGGAGGUGUUUAG